AUGGUGACCCUCAACCUCGCCUACACCGCCCCCAUCAACCCCGCCGGCGCAUCUCCUGUCCUGACACAAGCCCAAGUAUGGGAGGGCCUCAAGCUCAAAGUGCGCCGCGCGCAGGACUUCGUCCCGGUCAUCCUCGAUUGUAAAGUGCUGUCCGAAGAGACUCUGCCGACGGGCAAUCUCAAAGUCACGCGCGAGGUCCAGUUCGCGGCGCACAUGAACCCCGACGACAAGGUGAAGCCCGUCACGGAGCGCUGCGUGCACUACGCGCCGACCUGCGUCGUGUUCGAGCAGGAGGACGGCAGCUCCGUGAUCAAUGUCGUUAGUCAUGGGCCCGGCGGCGAGGGGGAUUUGAUGAUGACGUAUGUGUUUGAGUGGCGGUAUCCGGUUGUCGAGGCGGGCAGCGUGGAGGCGAAGGAGUUGGGUGAGAAACAUUUGAAGAUGGCCAAGAUGGCGGUCGAGGGCAGCAUCGACACCAUCCGUCGCUUCGUAAAGGACGGGAAGAUUCAGUCAUAA